AUGCCUCCGCAACCCCUGAAUCCCUUGACUGAAGACCUUGUUGCGCAGUUAGGUGAAUCCUUCCGCAAUAUGAAGACAGACGCACCCACGGCCUACGAGUCAGACGAGAAGCUCAUCAUCGCUCUGGACUUCGGUACCACGUUCUCCGGGAUCGCGUACUGUUUUGCAAACCAACGAGACACCAAAGUCGCUGCCAUCCUCGACUGGCCCGGUGCCGAAGGAGAAUCCGCCCCAAAGAUCCCGACGCUCAUCAAUUACAGCAAUGCCAAAGGAGGGGAAUUCGCCUGGGGGGCUUCGGUAAACCGCAUGCAAGACAACAUCGUCGGCGUGAAGCUGUUGCUCGACCCGUCUCAAGAGCGGCCCCUCUAUCUCCCCACUGGCAACAUCAAGCGGACCAUCAAGAACUUGCCCAAGGCCCCAGUCGAGAUCGCCGCCGAUUUUAUCGGUGCCGUGUACCGUCAUGCCCAGAGCGAGAUUGCCAAAGUAGUUCCCAAGGACUACCUCAAACUUUGCCAGAAGCACUUCGUUCUAUCCGUGCCGGCUGUCUGGUCCGACGCGGCCAAGAAUGCCACACUCCAGGCCUCCAAGAUUGCGGGAAUCUUCCCCGUAACGCUGAUAAAGGAGCCCGAAGCCGCUGCACUCUACACCAUGCACUCGCUGGAUUUCUCUCUUAACGUUGGAGAUGCGUUCGUGGUCUGUGAUGCCGGCGGCGGCACAGUCGAUCUGAUCUCGUACGAGGUCGUGGGCCUCAGCCCAAACCUCCAAGUAAAGGAACUGGUUCCCGGUACCGGUGGCAUGGCCGGAUCCCUCGGCCUGAACCAGCGCUUUGUCGAAGCUGUCAAGAACCUCGUUGGCGAAGACCAGUUCGCCGACCUGCGAAAAACCAAGGGCUUUUUGCUUGCCGAGAAGAGCUUUGACCGGGAAGUAAAGAGGGCGUUCAAGGGCGACCCUAACGAGGAGUACUUUGUCAACUUCCCCAUGGCGUCCUUGGAUGACGACCCUGAUCUUGGGCUCGAGGCAAAUUGCUGGAGGAUGACUGGCAAGGAUCUCAAAGCCAUUUUCGCGCCCCUCAUCACGGACAUUCUUCGCCUGAUCGACGACCAGGUGAAGUCAGUCAGGAUCAAGCGCCCUGAGGGCGGUGUUACAGGCAUCUUCUUGGUUGGGGGCUUUGGCAGCAGUCAAUACUUGAAGGCGUGUGUCGAGAGAGAACACCCCGGCAUCCAGGUGCUUCAGCCGACAGAUGCGUGGGCAGCUAUCGUCAAGGGUGCGGCCCUGAGCAAGCUACCAAGACAGGCUACCGUUCUGGCCACUUCAGCCACGCAUCAUUACGGUGUUGAGGCCUGGGAACUUUACGAUCCCGAGGUGGACAUUGAUGUACCCAGCCAGAUCCGCCGGGAUGGAACGAAGAGAGCUGAAAGGAUGACAUGGUUCAUCAACAUUGGCGAUGACAUCCUCCGCGACCAAAAGAUCAAGUUCCCUUUUUUCCGAUCCAUCGACGACAACUACUCGCCCCGCGACCUCAUCUUCAAGGACACGCUCUUCGAGUGUGCUGAUUCACACGCACCAACGCAUUUCAGCAAAGGUGACAAGAUUAGCACCAACUGCUUGCUGACGGCCGACUUGCGUUCCGUCCCAAACAGCGAAUUCGUCAGGAAAGUCGACAAGAACGGGAACCCUUACGCGACGGUUCACUGGAUGGACCAGGAUCCACCAAGAUUUCAAGGGGUUAAAUCUGGGAACGCUCAGAGUCCUCAGUUUCGGACACCUAGUGUCGUGUCACCGAACUCCCUUUCUUAUUUGAAAUCAUCCCACGCAACCCCGCCGGUUCUUGUGACGUUGAACUACCGUGGCGGCCCUUUUAUCUACAACGGCGCAUCCUCUCAUGCGUGCUCAUGGAGCCGCGCUGAAUAUCAAAGCAAGUUGGUGGCACCAUGGGUUCGGUUGUCAAAGGGCCCUGCGCAAGCCAAGCACACCCUCCUACUCGACUAUCUCUCCGACUUCCAGCUGUACGCGGUGUUCAAGGCCCUCCGAUAUGGCGAUUUUACUGUCUCGAUUACGGCCGCUGUUGCCAUCAUCAUCAAGGCGUUGAUUGUCAUCUCGACCGGCCUCAUCGCCCUCAGCUGGACCCUUGUUCACCAUCCGUCAUGGCCAGUCACUAUUCAGGACCGCUUUAUCGAUAGUCCCGCACGCUUGUCGGACGCCGGCACGCUCGCUUAUUACGUUAUGCAGGGGCUUACAAGGCGGAACCUGACGCUACCGGACGGAAUGUCCACAGGCUACGCCUUUCAGUCUAUCCACACUGAUCUCCCCAACACUGCCGAGACGAGCGUUGUCGUUGACGGGUUUGGAAACUCACUUGAAUGCCACCCAGCGGAGCUGGCGUUAAAGGGGUCAGCCCCCCCAGAUCCUCAUUACUAUGAGGAGGCCGUGAUGAAUCUGACCAUAGCAUCCCCCGGGUGCAAUAUGAAGCACCUCCAGAUAAGGCCAAGCCCUAUUUGGCCGUGCUCCGGCCAACACAACGCAUCCUGUGACGUGCUGUUCACACGCUUUACAGCAAGUCGUUGUGAUGGGAUAACGGGCGAUCAAGGAAGGCGUAUCCUUAUCUUGUUUGGGAACAUGACGUACAGUAUCGACAGGUCCAUAACACUGAAGGAUUACACAGGCGCGGGGACAAGACAUCCAUACCUCGCUGAGAUGCGGCAGUCGACCCAGAUGCUCUGUGUGCCAACCUACGGCAUCACAAAAGUGAACGUGGUCCGGAAUGGAACCCAAACACGGAGAGUCACGGCGGUCCCAGGAGCUUCUUCCCGGACCCUUAAUUCCGUCACCGGCUGGGAUCUGGUUGAUGCGCACAUUGCUGCCGUCCCUAACUUCAAAUUUGUUGCCAGGAAUCCAUACGGCAGCACCGUAAGGAUUGGGAACACUACAAUCGACGUGGACCAGUUUAUGGACUUUGCCCUGCCUAGCCAGCUGGGUGCACAUCAACCACUCGAUUCUCUCUUCGAACCCAGCGCCUUUCAAAGACUUGCAACAGCCUAUUAUGCGCAGGUUGCUGCCAUCAUCGCUAAGCAGAGUCUGAUGGAGCCAGCAUCUAUCCGAACGCAGGCUUCUGCGACCUUGUGGGGGAACAGGCUCGUGGUACGAGGCUGGGCGGCCCACUGGAUGGCUGCCCUGGCGGGUGUUUGCGCAGUGCUCAUAGCCGUCGCCAUCUUUCUGGUUCCAAAACGGGGCAUCUUGCCUUGUAAGCCUACAACUCUGCCCGGCAUGGCAUCGCUAGUCCAGCACAGCCCGAACCUCUUAGCCCUGCUGCGAUUCUCAGGAGCGGCCGAUGCAAAAAGACUGGGCCGUCCCUUGGUCUCAUCAAACUUCAGAUCGGGAGUCGUCAUGGAUCCUGCCUCGGGCCAGCCAUAUUUCACAAUUGUGAGCGAGCAGCUACAUUCUGUCGACAGGAAAUCUCUCACCUUCCCGCAAGUUAAGUCCAAGACGACGCACCCAGGUGUUCUGCACCCUGGUUCCCGUUUAGCCCUGUGUUUGCUCCUGACGAUGCUCAUCGUGGCCCUGGAGUUGACGUUACGCAAAUCGGUCAAUGACAAGGGCCUCGGCGAUGCUCCCGAUAAUAGCUACAUCCAUUACACAUGGACCGCGGUUCCAGCUGUCGCCUUUGGUGGCCUGUCCAUGUUGUUUUCCACCAUGGACUUUCAGGUCCGGUCCCUCGCGCCGUACGCGGCACUCAAGCACAGUGUUAGCGCAAAGUUAUACAAAACACUCGACUUCAUGGACAUGUCAGUCCCUCGGAUUAUCUUCCGCGAGAUCAGAUUCGCCAACAUCGGCGCGCUAGCAGCCACGACGGCAUUCCUAGUGGCCUCGGUGUUUACCAUCUUCUCGGCAUCGUUAUUUCAACCACUUGCAAUUCCAACGGAAGUUCCGAUAUCAUUCCGGGUUAACCAGUCCAUCUCUAUGGGGCCAUUUGAUGUGGAUGACGGCAACGUGAUCUCAUCCCUUAUCUUUGGGAGCAACUUUUCGUUUCCCAGGUAUACCUACCAAAACCUUGCCUUUCCUCAACUCGUCCCGACUACCCCAUUGUCUGGCGAUCACAAAAUCAAUGGGUCCACCGUUUCCAUCGAAGCCGCCGUGCCCGCGGUGCGGAGUAAGUUGACCUGCCGUGUCUACGACUCAUCCAAGAUCACGACCAACCUCACUCUCAACUACACCAUCGGCUACUCAAACUAUCACAACCCUCUCGGGAUCAACAUCAAGGGUGAAGAGUGCAACCGCUUCCCCAAACACGAGCAAUAUGGAUACAACAAUAUUCUAGCCACGUACUCCAACAUGACUUACUUCGGCAUCGGCAGGACCAUCGGCAACAUCUCCGAAGCCCAAGGCUGCAGCGACCUGCUCUAUACCUGGGGCAAGCUGGACUACACCGCCGACCCCAUCAUCCAGCACAUCGCCGCAGUCGGCUGCAACGAAACCAUCGAAACCCUCUCCGUCGCCACCACCUUCCUCGGCGCCAACCUUACCAUCGACCUCAACCACCCACCCGUCCCGCUCGACAACACCACCCACCUCUCCACCAUCUCCACAUGGAAAUUCUCCAACCACUACGGUUCUCUUGCCGACCUCUCCACGGCCACCAAUUACCUGACCCCCUUCUUCGCCGCCCUCACCACCUCCCCCUGGGCCAUCCCCCUCCCCUCGCUCGGCUCUCCCGCCGCCACCCCCGAUAUCCUCGCCGCCAUCCACCACCACCACGGCAUCAUACAAGCCCAGACCUUCGCGCGGCACCUCCUCCCCGCCAACACCACCAACACAACCCUGCCGCGCCCAGCGCCCCCGCUCCAAUCCCACCCAGUGAGCACCACAGACGACCAAUUCCACUACCCCGCCACCGCGUACUCUCCGCCCGGACGAGGGGCGCCGCCGCGUCGUGCAGGAUGA